AUGGAAAGCAUUGUUUCUAUAACGGAGCGCUUGCUGGGUUUGCGAGGGAGUCCACCGGGAACACUGGCCAGUCUCGCCGAAAACGAAAUUAAACUGGUGUGCAGCCGAGUAAGACCAGUACUGAUGGACCAACCCAUGUUCCUCGAGUUGGAGGCCCCGAUUAAGAUUUGCGGGGAUAUUCACGGACAGUUCACUGAUUUGCUGCGCCUCUUCGAGUACGGCGGAUUUCCACCAGAAGCUAACUACUUGUUUCUGGGCGACUACGUAGAUCGAGGAAAACAAUCAAUCGAAACUAUCUGUCUUUUGAUGUGCUACAAAAUUCGCUAUCCGGAAAACUUUUUCAUUUUGCGGGGUAAUCACGAAAGUGCCGGUAUCAAUCGGAUCUAUGGCUUCUACGACGAAUGCAAACGCCGUUACAGUAUUAAGCUGUGGAAAGUCUUUUCCGACGUAUUCAAUUGCUUGCCGGCGUCAGCGUUGGUUGACGAGAAAAUAUUGUGCAUGCACGGAGGGCUUUCCCCAGAGUUGCAAUCACUGCAUCAGAUUACCGACCUUCAAAGGCCCUGCGAUGUCCCUGACGUUGGUUUGCUAUGCGAUUUGCUAUGGAGCGACCCCGAUGCCAAUAUUUCAGGAUGGGGCGAGAACGACAGGGGCGUGUCGUUCGUUUUUGGCGCGGACGUUGUGACCAAGUUUCUCGAAGUGCACGAUUUGGAUUUGCUGGUGCGCGCUCAUCAGGUUGUAGAGGACGGCUACGAAUUCUUUGCGGGCCGCCGACUGGUGACGCUGUUUAGUGCUCCGAAUUAUUGCGGAGAGUUUGAUAAUGCGGGAGGGAUGAUAUCGGUCGACGAAGAGCUCAUGUGCAGUUUUCAAAUCCUCAAACCGUCGAGUCGAUCCGCAAGGUUCGGACGUAACCCGGCGGCCUCUGAAUCGUGA